AAGUCACUUGCAGUUCCGUGUGCUGACAGGACUCCGUUGCUAGAUUUUGUAAGUCCGACAAAGCCAAACUGUUCCUUUGUGUUCUCUGCAAAUUGCCCGUUGUUUCCUUCUUUCGAAUAUUAUCUUUGAUUCUCUUACUAUUCUUAUUUUCUUCUCUCCAAUAUCUUUGGAAACAAUCACACAUUAAAGCAUCAUCACUGUUAUAUCUCUUAUAUUCUCUCUCAGUCUCAGGUCUAAUUAGAUGGUGCAUGAUCUUAUACUUCAGUUCAAUUCAACUAUGGCAUAUUCAGGAUCAAUUCAAUUGUCUCGCGACUUUAGGCAAUACUUUAGUAAUGGAAGAUGUAGUUUUUGUCAUAAACCUAAUUCCGGUAAUCGAUUAUGUUUUGUCGCCUUCAAUCAUCCGCGGCAUAGUUUGAGGAUGGAUUCUUCAGCACUCAUAUUUUCCAGAUUACAUGUCCAAAUUAAGCCUGUGCCUUCUAGAUCUAAUGUUUUGUUGUGCCGGUCGGCCCUGGUACCGGCUGGAGGGUGUGAGGCUCCGCUGAUGAAAGUGGCUACUGUUUCUUUGUCAAGGUCAUAUAAUGCUAUAUCAGGAGGACCAAUUGUGCUUCAAUUGAUCCCUGCCCUUGGUAUCAUUGGCUUUGCCGCCUUUGGUCUUGAACCUCUCAUGCGGCUUUGCAGGGCUCUAUUUCUCCAAGAAUGGAACGAUAAAAGUUGGAAGAAAAGUACUUCACGUUAUAUAAUGACAUCUUAUUUUCAACCUUUGCUGCUGUGGACUGGGGUAAUGCUCAUCUGCAGGAGUUUAGAUCCACUAGUUCUACAGUCAGAAACACGUCCGGUUAUAAAGCAAAGGCUGUUGAGUUUUGUCAGAUCUUUUUCAACUGUGUUUACAUUUGCUUAUUGUUCUUCAAGCUUUGUUCGACAAGCACAAAACUUCUGUAAGGAGACAAAGGACACCAGUGAUGAAAGAAAAAUGAGCAUUGAUCUUAUUGGGAAAGCUGUAUAUACUGCAAUAUGGGUUGCUGCCGUGUCAUUGUUCAUGGAGUUGCUGGGUCUCUCCACACAAAAGUGGUUGACUGCUGGUGGUAUGGGUACAGUAUUGCUGUCGCUUGCAGGUCGUGAGAUAUUCACGAACUUCCUUUCAAGUAUGAUGAUUCAUGCAACUCGACCAUUUGUUGUGAACGAGCGGAUUAAAACAAAGAUUAAAGGAUACGAGGUUUCUGGUAGAGUUGAGCAUGUAGGUUGGUGGUCACCAACAAUAGUUAGAGGUGCUGAUUGCGAAGCUGUUCACAUUCCUAAUCAUAAAUUGAGUGUAAAUGUUGUGAGAAAUCUUAGUAAGAAAACUCACUGGCGCAUCAAAACUCACCUGGCUAUCAGUCACUUGGAUGUAAACAAGAUUAAUAGCAUCAUAGCUGAUAUGCGCAAGGUUUUGGCUAAAAAUCCUUUAGUAGAGCAGAAAAAAUUGCACAGACGGGUUUUUCUGGAGGAUGUCAAUCCAGAAAACCAGGCUCUUAUGAUAUUAGUAUCUUGCUUUGUUAAAACUCCACAUUCUGAAGAGUACCUCCGUGUUAAGGAGGACAUUCUCUUGGAUCUUCUUAAAGUCAUCGGUCAUCAUGGAGCUCGGCUAGCCACACCCAUCCGCACAAUUCAAAAGAUGUACGGUGAUCCUGAUUUAGAAAUUGAUCCAUUUGACGACGCCAUUUUAACUCGUUCCAGCGCAAAGGGAAAUCGCUCUAUCCCAUUCAUAGAUCUACCUUAUAAAGUUAAGCCUUCAACUCAAUCGAUUAUUGUAAACGGUGAAAAAGAUGCCAAGAUUCGUGAAACCUUAGUAUCUGGUUUCAAAGAUGAAGGUGAAAAAAUUGCCGCGACAUGGACCCCUUCUUCUACUGCAAAGUCCCAGGAUAAAUUCAAGUCAUCAUCUCAAGCCAAGACCCAAAAUGUGGGUUCUACUUCUGAUAACUUAGUCCAGAAGGCCUCUAAAUCUGGAACAACACCCCAAAUUUUGUUAUCAUCUGAUGAAACUUCACCGUCAAAGAAAGAUGAAGAGAAAUGAUCUAGCCAUCUUUUUUUAACUGGCCAUCAUGUAUUGUAUUAUCCCUAGUUGUGGCGUCGCUUGUUCCAUGUAGCCGAUCUCGCUUAGUGGGAUAAGGCUUGAUUGUUGUAUUAUCCCUAGCUGAUUAGUCAUUAAGGUAAUCUGGUAUUAUAAAGUUUAUGUCAUGCUAGGGAAUAUAUGAUGGGUCUAAGGAAUGGUUCCAUUGGUUGCAGAUCUAGUAUUACAUGCAACCUUGCAUAUAUAAAAGGUUGAUUUUAGCACUAGAACUAUAACUCAAACUGGUGACCUUAACUGAUUAUGCAUAUUAUGUACAUAAAGUGGUGGAAUGUGUACCAUAAAUCAAAUUCUUUGAAUGAAUAACAUAUCAAGUUAACAGA